AUGAAAUGCCGGGGCCAAAAAUAUCUCCAACUUGUAAAAGCGAGGACAGCAUAUCGUCAGUAUGAAGACAGUGGCCUGGGUAAUCACGGCUAUGUCAUCGUGGAUGCAGCAUCGUAUGAGCAAUACCACAUUGAUGCGCAGCGGGAGAAAUUAGAGACCAUGCUACAAUGGGUCAAUACGUCAUCACUCGCAUCACAUAUUGCCGAUGAGGUGCGAGAGAAUAUUGCGCAUGAGUCACGGAGUCAACUCGCAGGAUCCAGCUCUUUGAUCCCCGAUGGAGGAGGGGGUGCGAGAUUCCAUGAUAUCACCAAAAUUGACCCCGAAAACUGUGAGUCCCACAGACUCGUUGAAGAUAUUUAUCUUCUUUUUCCACCUACAAUCGGAGGUUUCCUGCUAAAGACCAAAAGCUGGGUGAACUUUUGUGUGGAUCAUAUCUCCGACCACCCGCCGAUACGAAAGCCCAAUAAAUUAGAUAAUGAGCUGGUCUUACUCAACGAUGAAGAUAAAGAAAGUCUGCGGACUGUACUGCCAAAAGGAGAGAAGCCUAUCGGUGUCCUGUCGGACCUCAUCCAAGACAAGGGUGAAGGGAAGGUAUUCCUUCUCCACGGACCACCAGGUCCUGGCAAGACUAUGACGGUGGAAUGCGUUGCAAAUGACACUCGGCGUCCACUGCUAGCCCUUACUGCAGCAGAUAUUGGAUUGAGAGAGGAUAGCGAGGCCAAACUACGAACAUGGUUCACUCUCGCCGCGAAAUGGGAUGCAAUCCUCCUCAUUGACGAAGCUGAUCUGUUCCUUGAACGGAGGCGGGAAGGAGAUAUUGAUCGAAACAGUCUUGUGACUGUCUUUCUACGAACGAUGGAGUACUACCAAGGAGCUCUCUUCCUGACCACGAACCGUGCUGGGCAUAUUGAUGAUUCUUUCAUCUCACGGAUAACCGUCCCGAUUCAGUAUCCCAGCCUACAACCGGAAACUAAGAAGCCCAUCAUUGAGAAGCUCAUCCGAAAACUCCAAGAGACCGGUACGAUCCUGGUAGAUUCCAAAGCGAAGCAGUAUUUGAUAGACAACUGCGGGAAUCUCAAUGGACGACAGUUACGAAACACUUUGCACAACGCUGUCUCAAUCGCCGAGGUUCAAGAACGACGAUUACAACCGCAAAACAUCCGUGACUUUAUCAAAGUGGAGCGUCAUCAUGUUGCUAGUGCAAUCGGGCGGUCCAUUAGAUUCGUUACCUACGUGGAUAGCAUGGGUGGAAGAGAUGAGUUCGCUAGAGCGAGGAAGCGAGGCGGCUACAAUGUUAAAAGCCUCGCCAACUGA